AUGUAAGGAGAUCAAACUCGAAAUUUAAACCUUUUACAUAAUACAUUUUCAGUGUCUUAACUCAUAUCACUGGACGACACCUUAGAGACCCGAGUGUUUUAUAAUUUGCUAAUGGACUCGGGACUUCUACGUAGCGUCUCAACUCAUAUCACUGAACUAUACCUUAGGAGACCAGAGUCUUUUAGGAUUUGGACCUACUAAAUAAUACUCUAUGGCUUGGAUUUUUAGCUUACCUUCUCUUAUUACAAAACACAAAAAGAUUACACCUUUUGAAAUACACACUUGCUUAAUCCUAAAGUUUAUUAAACAUUUUUGUUCUUCACCAGUUUAUCAACCUCAUGAACUUGACCAUUGUAUCAAAUCAAAUUCUUUUUAUGAAUCUCUUAUUGAUAAUUCUACCCACAUUACACAUCUUUAUCAAAUACAUGACAAGUUAAUUGUCUCUGGAUUGCAACAUAAUAGGUUUCUCAUAACUAAACUUGUUAAUGGGUGUUCAAAUAUUGGACACAUUUUUUAUGCACGCAAGCUGUUUGAUGAAUUUCCCGACCCGGAUUUGUUUAUGUGGAAUGCUAUUAUUAGAAGUUAUUCGAGAAACAAUAUGUAUAUGGAUGUUAUUGAAAUGUAUAGGUGGAUGAGAUUGGUAGGAUUGCAUCCAGAUAAGUUCACUUUUCCUUGUGUGCUUAAAGCUUGUAGUGAGUUGUUGGAUUUCGGUUUGAGUUGCUUAGUUCAUGCACAUAUAACUGUUUAUGGAUUUGGGUCGCAUGUUUUUGUUCAGAAUGGUCUUGUGGUGUUGUAUGCUAAAUGUGGUCGCAUUGAUAUGGCGAGAGUGGUGUUUGAUAGCUUAUAUGAUAGAACAAUUGUUUCGUGGACUGCCAUCAUUUCCGGAUAUGCACAGAAUGGGGAAGCUUUGGAAGCAUUGAGAUUGUUCAAUCAAAUGAGAAAUACUGAUGUGAAACCGGAUUGGAUUUCUCUGGUAAGCGUUAUGAAGGCUUAUACCGAUGUAGAUGACUUGGAGCAAGGAAAAUGUCUUCAUGGUUGUGUCAUCAAAACAGGUCUUGAAGACGAGCCUGAUUUGCUCAUCUCACUUACAGCUUUCUAUGCAAAAUGUGGACUGGUGACAGUUGCAAGAUAUUUCUUUGAUCAAAUGAAGACACCGAAUAAUGUGAUGAUGUGGAAUGCAAUGAUAUCUGGUUAUGCAAAAAACGGCCAUGCCGAGGAGGCGGUAGAUCUAUUUCGUUGUAUGAUUUCGAGAAAUAUUCAACCAGAUUCUAUCACCGUAAGGUCAGCAAUUUUAGCUUCUGCACAAGUUGGUUCCCUCAAACUAGCACAAUGGAUGGAUGACUUUGUCAGAAAGAGUAAAUACAGAGGUGAUAUAUUCGUUAUUACAACACUCAUUGAUAUGUAUGCAAAAUGCGGAAGUAUCGAAUCUGCCCGUGGGGUAUUCGAUCGUGCUUCUGUUAAGGACGUUGUUAUGUGGAGUGCCAUGAUUAUGGGAUAUGGAUUGCAUGGUCAAGCUUGGGAAGCCAUUUAUCUUUAUCAUGCAAUGAAACAAGAAGGGGUGUGCCCAAAUGAUGUCACCUUUAUUGGCCUUCUCACAGCAUGCAGUCAUUCUGGUCUUGUAAAAAAAGGGUGGGAGCUAUUCCAUUGCAUGAGAGACUUUGGAAUUAAGCCUCGCAAUGAACAUUAUUCUUGUGUCGUUGAUCUCUUAGGGCGUGCAGGUUAUUUGGAUCAGGCUUUUGUUUUUAUCUUGAAAAUGCCGAUUGAACCGGGUGUGAGUGUAUGGGGAGCAUUACUUAGUGGAUGCAAGAUUUGUCGUUCUGUAACAUUGGGAGAAUAUGCUGCACAAAAGCUUUUCUCAUUAGAUCCGUAUAAUACGGGGCACUACGUACAACUGUCUAAUCUCUAUGCUUCCUCUCGCAUGUGGGACCGUGUUGCAUAUGUUCGAGUUUUGAUGAAGGAGAAAGGAUUGAUUAAGUACCUUGGUUAUAGUGUUAUUGAAAUCAAUGGGAAGCUACAUACAUUUCAUGCAGGCGACAUGUCACAUCCACGAGCUAAGGAUAUUUUCGAUGAACUUCAAAGGCAAGAAAGACGGUUAAAGGAGGUUGGGUUUGUCCCACAUACAGAAUCUGUUUUGCAUGAUCUGAAUUAUGAAGAGAAGGAGGAGAAUCUCUGUAUACACAGUGAGAGAAUAGCAGUUGCUUAUGGGCUUAUUAGUACUGCUCCUGGAACUACUCUUAGAAUAACGAAGAAUCUUCGAGCAUGUGUAAAUUGUCAUUCAGCAAUAAAGCUUAUAUCAAAGCUUGUCGAAAGGGAGAUAAUUGUAAGGGAUGCAAAUCGGUUUCAUCAUUUUAAAGAUGGUUUGUGUUCUUGUGGGGACUAUUGGUGAGAUGAAUGGCUCAACCUUAAACCAGCUGUUAAGGAUGGUUUGUCUUCUCGUGGAAAGGCCAAUAAUUUUAUUGAAAAUUCAGUUUUCACGAUGACCAGUAACAUUGGUUGAUACAUGUUAGUGUAACCAAUGACCAAUCCAUUCUAGAGGGGCAAUAUUUUUUUGUCAUCGAUGAAGUCGUCGACUUUUCAGGUGUGGGGUAGAGUUGUCUACUUUUCCUUCCCAACCAGUUUUAUCACCACCAGAAUUGAUUAUAAGCGAAUUUGGAUUGCCAAAUGCCAACGGUUAACAAUCGCAUGGAUUCACACAGUGAGUACAUCAGUGCUCGUUGGAUUGAGAUCGAAUGGUUCAAAUUUCAAUGCAGAUUGUGAUUUUAAUAUAAAUCGAGCUUGGUGCUCAAAAAGUCUCAGACUAUCAAUAUAAAAUCAACCAGACCAGAUAGCCUGUGGGGAUGUAGCUGCUCAAAAGUUGACUUGCUGAGUUACUGUGGUUCCUGAGAAGAAUCAAUAUCUGCAUUAAGUAAGAGGAUCUCAAUUCAACACUUGCAAUCAUCUGGUUGCUAUAUUUAUUUUGAUGUGAUGAUAAGAAGUGGCAGCAUUUGAACUUAGUUAUGAUGUUUUGAAUAUAGUAUCUUAACUUUUUUGUUCCCUUGGUUGUGAUAACUUAGUUGAACUAAGUUAUGAUUGGAGAAGAACGUUCUUUCUUCUUUGUUUGAGUUUGAAGUUGUUACCUUGCGAGAGCCACCUAGGUGAGACCCUUCUCUCAUUUUUUAUUUUCGGAGAAAUGUUAUUUGUACAACCAAUUUUGUACAACAUUUUGGACAACUCUCUCUCAUACUCACAUUAUAUUUUUACUCUCUCUCACUUUAUUGUUUUUUGUGCAAGAUGAAGAAGGAAAAAAAUGUUGUCCAAACAUGUUGUAGCAAAAUAGUUGUACAAAUAACACAACUCUUUUUAUUUCCAUCAUAUAUGGUAUGUUGAAUCACUUGUGAUGUCGAUUUUACUUGAUUGUGUCUGCUUGCUUCAACUUCACCCUAGACUUGUGUCGUGUAGCAAGACUAACAAGUGGUUGAGUGAAUUUAUGAACUAUAUUGAUAACUUAGAUAUGAUAUGUUUUGAACUUAACUACAAUGAUAAGAAAUGGUAGCAUAGGAAUAUUUUUUAUUAGUUUAUUUGCUCCAAUCUCCUCUUUCAUUUUUUACUUAUUUAUUUUUUAAAAUAUAUUUCUUUGACUAAAUUAUCAAAAGAACUUAAUAUAUUUUUACAAAAGUGAAAGAUAAACCAAUUUUAAUACUCAAUUUAAUCUAAUAUUACCAUUCAAAAAAUUUAAUCUAAUACUAUAGCUUUAAGGUAUCAAAUUUCUGUGAAUUACAAGUGUGAAACCUUGUAACUAAAAUUAAAGAAAAUUACUGUGGAAAAAUUACUCAAAUAACUUGAACAAAUUACUCAAAUUAAAGAAAAUUAUAUCAAUUUCCCUACAAAUGUCAGAAGUUUGUUGUCAACCGGUAUUUUUUAUGGCAUUCCGGUAAAAUAUUGUUCAUGGUCAAAGGAGGUAAACCGUGUUUUAAUUUUAUCGCGCCUUACUUUUCAGCUGUUGUAGUUGUUUAUACUAAUGUUUUAAAAACUUUUGAUGUUCUUAUGGGUAGAGAUAUCUUCAAGGAGUCAUAAAAGGAACUGGUUACUUGUGUUCAUGUGAUGUCUGUAAGGGGCAAAAGCAUAGUAUAUUAAAUUAAAUUACUUACAUUCUAAUAAUCUGCAUAACCCUACCAAAAGUGCAUGUACUAAAUUAUGUUCAUGAAGGCUCUUAAUGCAUAUGAAUUCCAGUGUCAUGCCGGGGUCGGGGGCAAGUCAGAACACCCUUACAAGCACAUUUUCUUUGAGAAUAGAAAAUCAAUAUACGGUGUUGUUCAAGAGCUGAAAAACAAUCCUCAGGAGAUGCUUUUUGAUGCAAUUCAAACUGUGACUGGCUCUACCAACAAUGCAAGGAACUUUCGUAUUUGGAAAGCAUCGUACCAAGCUGCUACUCGUGAGCUUCAGCGCAUCUAUGGAAAGGAUGACGCAGCCAUACCGUCUUAAAUUCGGUUUUGUUCUUGAAAGUUGAGAACAGACGUAAAUAUGUAAUUUUUUCUGUGUAUGAAUGGUAACUGUUGACUUUUCUUGCAAGUGAACUAGAUAGCUGUCAAGUAGUAAAAAGUUAUCUAACCACAAGGAUUACGUUUAACUCAUAACAAA